CAAACCCACAAAGAACAAUUUUGCUUUUUUCCCUCUCUCUCCACACAUCCUUUUUAAACCUCACCCCUUCCAAUUAUUCAUCUUCCCCCCACCCCCACCCCACCACCAUGGAAAACAACCACCACACCACCACCACCACCACCACUACGCGCCACCACACCACCACCAACAACCGUUCAAUGUCCGACACCGACGACGAAUUCCACUCCCCUCUCCACGAUAUCCCCACAUCUCCAUCCAAAGCCUUGGUCGUUUCCGACAACAAGUACUUCACAACAACCGCCAGAUCACCGACGUCAAACCACCAGAAGCCGCCGCAAACAGUGCCUCUGCCGCCGCCGGUGGUGGUGUCGGCGGCGUAUAACCGUACGGAGAGAGAGGAGCCGGUGACCGGAGUUACAAAGAUGAGCCCUAGCGGCGGUGAGGAGGGAGGAAGGCCGGUGUCGCCGGCGAGGAGAGUGAAGCGAGAUGUGGUGUUGGAUCGAGCGGCGCUAGGGUUUAGGGUUUUGGAAGUGGUUUUAUGUUUGAUUGCGUUUUCUGUUAUGGCUUCUGAUAAGACUCAGGGGUGGAGUGGUGAUUCUUUUGAUCGGUACAAGGAGUACAGGUAUGUCGUGGCAGUGAACGCUAUUGCUUUUGCAUAUGCUGCAUUUCAAGCAAUUGACAUGACGUAUCGGUUAAUUUAUAAAAAGCACAUCUUCUCAUAUUCUCUUCGCCCUCUUUUUGACUUCUCUACAGAUCAGAUAUUGGCUUAUCUUUUGAUAUCGGCAUCCUCUUCAGCAGCCACGAGAGUGGACGAUUGGGUAUCAAAUUGGGGAAAAGACGAUUUCACAGAAAUGGCAACUGCAUCAAUAGGAAUGUCGUUUUUAGCUUUUCUUGCGUUUGCCCUUAGCGCGCUCAUAUCUGGUUACAAUCUUUGUAAUCAGAAAUCUCUUUGAUACUCUGUUUACGAGAUAAUGUAUACAUACAUCAUGUAAGUAUUGCAAAGGUUACACAAACCAAGGGUAUAAUAGUCAUUUCACAAAAAAUGAUGUAAAUCGAAACAAAAGGAGUCAAAUGAUUGUAACCUUUGGGAUAUUUUUAUGGUGUAUGUGUACAUUAUCCCUUUAGUUGUCUAGAUAUGUGAUCCCGUAUAUCUAUCAUCGGGUUUUAAGUGACAAAUGGCGUGCCGAUGAGAGGGGAUUUCACACAAAUAAUCGAGUAUAAACAGGAUGUACAGGCAAAAUCAAGAGGCGAAAUAAUAAAUGUGUAAAGAGUAGUUUUGGUUGUCACUUUGAGGUUGUAAAAUGGGGUUGUUUAGCUGAAAUAAAAACAUAUAUUAUUUGCAUCUCAA